AUGGCGGUUAAAUUCAGUUGGGUUUCCUGCUUCAAGAUAACCCUUUUCUUGAUCCUGAUUGCUGCUAUUGCUACAGCAUGCUAUACUCUUCCCAUGGAGAAGAUGCUGAAGAACUUCUUACUAUGGGUUGAAAAAGACCUGGGUGCUUGGGGUCCUCUUGUCCUGGCUAUUGCAUACAUUCCAUUGACAGUAUUGGCAGUUCCAGCUUCAGUACUUACGCUUGGUGGUGGUUAUCUUUUUGGUUUGCCUGUGGGGUUUGUUGCUGAUUCUAUUGGUGCUACAAUCGGUGCUGCUGCAGCCUUUCUUCUUGGCAGAACUAUUGGGAGAUCUUUUGUUAUUUCCAAGCUAAAAGACUAUCCAAAGUUCCAAGCAGUUGCUAUCGCUAUUCGGAGAUCUGGCUUUAAGAUUGUCUUGCUGCUACGGCUUGUUCCUUUGCUUCCAUUCAACAUGUUAAACUACCUGCUGUCUGUCACCCCAGUACCCUUUUGGGAAUAUGUGCUGGCUUCAUGGCUGGGAAUGAUGCCAAUUACUUUUGCCUUGGUUUAUGUUGGAACAACACUGAAGGAUUUAUCUGAUGUUACUCAUGGAUGGAGUGAAUUCUCUAAAACCCGCUGGGCACUUCUUUGUUUGGGACUUUUGGUGUCUGUAAUCUUAAUAUUCUGUGUCACGAGAGUUGCCAAGAGAUCUCUGGAAAAAGCAUUGGCUGAAAAUGAGGAUUUAGAUGGCAUCGAUCCCUCACCAGAGUUACCCAUUGUGGCUGAUUCUUCUGUGCAGCUUAAUGAGCCCCUAAUAAUCAAGAUUGAUCCUUCUCACGAUGAUCACGAGCAGUAG